UUUAGUUUCCAAACGGCGCCCCAUACCCCGCCGCAGUCAGGCGACAAGCGGAGAGAGAGAACCGAGAGAGCGCCCGGCUUGACCGCAGUGUAGUAGCGGGGCGGCUCAGGUCGCCGGUGGGCACCCGUCUGCAGCAGCCCCGCGUCGCGGUUCAUUUCGGGACAGACAGGAUAAUUAUUCACUGACUCCUUUCUGCCGUAGAAGAUGAACGGGAGACCUGGAUUGUGAGCUAUUCGCUAUUCUGGCGCACGAAGGUGAUACUCAAUUCACGGCCCCUGAUGGCAGAUCGAUUUGAGGCGCACCAUUCCUCUUCACUCGAGUACCUCUUUUUCAAGGGCGAUCUGGCUUAGUUGAAUGUCUUUCCGACGUAGUUUCCCCACCGAGACGACAUGGAUGCUUUGUUUGAAUCUGGUUGACUGCCUUAUACGCCUUCUGUCAAAGUUGAAGUGGGGCUUUGGCAGCCCUUGCCCUUCCUAAUAGAGGCCCUUCAGCAUCCUAACUUUUCAUGAAAUCCUGCCAAAGCCUCAAGGAGGAGGUCUCCGUCCCGUGCUUGGGCGGGAUGUCACAAGAGGAGAGCCGCAGGCCGCAGGUGUCUCAGUCCUAUUACCACCCUUCCAACCCGGGGGUGGACCUGACAGGCAAGCUGUUCAAGAGAGAGGGGGGCGGCAAGCCCUACUCGGUUCUGGUCGACAACAAAAGCGCCACCAAGACGGCGGCGGCCGACACCGCUCGGCAGUAUUUCCGCGAGAGACCGGAUAUACGCUCACGCGUCGACGGGGCCACCUCUGAGGAAAGCGAAGACGAGGACGAAGAAGAGGAAGGCGACGACGAGGACGACGACGAAGAAGAAGAGACGGCUUUCAAGCGCGAGCAGAUUAUCGUGGAGGUAAACCUGAACAAUCAGACGCUUCACGUAUCCAAAGGCGACAACAAAGCCCCUGCCGCCGCCGCCGCCGCCGCGGGAGAGGAUUCCGAGAGAGGCGGCAGCGAGGAUGACGACGACGACGGCGGCGGGGAAGAGGGUGAAGAGGAAAGCCCGGAUGAGGAAGAGGAUGAAGACGACGACGAGGAGGAGACGGAAAGUCAAGCGACGAGGUCGAAGAGGGCUCACGGCGGCGCUUCCGGCCGGCCGCUGAGGAAAAGUCUCCGGGCGACUCUGAGCUCGUCGCCCACCGGGAUGACCACCAGGGGGCGACGGAAGCACGCCGAGAGGCCCCAGAGUCAGCGUCGCUCCGCUCGCCCCGUCCCGACGUCGCCCGCGGGCGCCAAAGCCGAGGGGGAGAAGGAGUUGCUGGCGUGUGAAAAGUGCCCUCGGGUCUUCAACACGCGUUGGUACCUGGAGAAGCACAUGAACGUCACGCACAGGAGAAUGCAGAUAUGCGACAAGUGCGGCAAGAAGUUUGUCCUGGAGAGCGAGCUAGCCUUGCACCAGCAGACCGACUGCGAGAAGAACAUCCAGUGUGUCUCCUGCAACAAAUCCUUCAAGAAGCUAUGGUCGCUGCACGAGCACAUCAAGAUUGUGCACGGCUAUGCCGAGAAAAAGUUCUCGUGCGAGAUCUGCGAGAAAAAGUUCUAUACCAUGGCCCACGUCCGCAAGCACAUGGUUGCUCACACCAAGGACAUGCCGUUCACCUGCGAGACAUGUGGCAAGUCAUUCAAACGCAGCAUGUCCCUCAAGGUGCACUCGCUGCAGCAUUCUGGAGAGAAGCCUUUCCGUUGCGAGAACUGCGACGAGCGCUUUCAGUACAAGUACCAGCUGCGCUCUCACAUGAGCAUCCAUAUCGGACAUAAGCAGUUCAUGUGCCAGUGGUGCGGCAAAGACUUCAAUAUGAAGCAGUAUUUUGACGAACACAUGAAAACUCAUACAGGAGAGAAGCCUUUCAUUUGCGAGAUUUGCGGCAAGAGCUUCACCAGCCGGCCCAACAUGAAACGCCACCGACGCACGCACACGGGCGAGAAGCCGUACCCGUGCGACGUGUGCGGCCAACGCUUCCGCUUCUCCAACAUGUUGAAGGCGCACAAGGAGAAAUGCUUCCGGGUCACCGGCCCGCUGGCACCGCAGGCCGGCAUCUUCGCCGGCGCUUUCUCCUCUGCCUCCUCGUCUUCUGGUCCCGGCCCUUCCGCCGCCUCCCCGCCGGUCGCGACGGCCGGCGCCGCCGCCCGGGAGCUCGCCCCGACCGCUGCGGCCUCGCCGCCGCGAGCCUCUUUGGGACACGCCUUCGGCCACGUACAGCACCACUCGGCGUCCUUGCACCACCGCCCCCAACAGCACCUCAACGCAGCCCAACCCGCAACACCUCACACCCCCCACCACGCCCACCAUCAUCAUCACCACCACCUGGCAGUGCCCCCGGUCUCCCACCUGCCCCCUCCCCCUGCCCUUUUUAAGAGCGAACCUCUAAACCACUGCGGGCACGAAGACGGCGCCUAUCUGCACCACAUGGCUUCUGCCGAUAAGGGUCCCGGAGCCCCUCAACAUCACUGAAUAACAACACCUCCUCCAAUAUGGUGACUUUUUUUCCCCCAAAAUAAUCUCUGUCGUUAGUACACACCGACCAGUUGGCAGCAAGUUAAGCUACGUUUUCACCAAGCGGCAUAGUUCAAGUCCCCGUUUUUCCGUCAACAGCAAGCCUCUUAAGUAAACGUGCACCGAUUGAGGCCGAUGUCAUCCAUUUUGUGCGGUCGCUCUCUCAGAAAAAAUCUAUCCGAUCUUGUUCGCCCAUCUCAUCCAGAGUCAGUUCGCUCGCUAGCAUUUGCUCGUUGUCAUUAUUAUGAGCAUUUAAGUGCACUUGUUGGGUAUUUUCAUACUUUCUGACCCCUACAUAAUGUUUAUGAUUGUAAGAUCUGCCAGUCUUUGCCACGUAAAUGUAAAGGAGGGGAAUUUGUACUAAAGUUCCAUAUCGUCACUGUGCGGUCAUUGUUUUGUUGCCGCGAGAUGGAAUCGUUACUCUGCGUUCCCUUUCCUUUGUGAGUGAAUUCCGUCAGAUAAUACCUGUUUCGCGAAUGGACGUAUUUGGCUUACAUUCAAACUAGAUGCCAAAAAUGGCUUGAUAUAAUUCAAAUACUACAGAAAAGUUUUGUACAUUUCAAUUAUGUUUUCGCGAACUGCUGUAUUUGUUUUGUUUUUUUUAACUGCAAUCUUGGCUCACGUAAUGUUCAGUGUUUUACUGUAAUCAAAGAUUGGCAUAUAAUAGGUGUAUGCUGGUAUUUAUGAAAAAUGUUGAGAUCGGCAAAAAUCGAGACGGGCAGGUCGGGCUUUUCAAAUUUCUGCGAUCGGUGCACCCCUAGUUUGAACAGUAGGUUCGUGGCUAUGAUGAUUUUGUAGUGUUGAAACCAAAAAUGAGACAAACGGAGCAAUGGCUAAUGCAACGAAUUGAAGUGUUUGGUGGAAACGUGGCUUAUAUAUAUAGCCGGUGUUCAUUUUUCUCAAUCUGUUGUGAAAAUCACGGCGUGUUCAUCUAGAACACAUUGUUUGAAUUUGUAUUUAAAAGACGAGGACUCCCGCUUCGGGAUGAGCUACCCGAGUUUUUGCGAGUGACAAGUAUUCUCAAGCGGAUUGACUUUGGUGGACUUUCCCGGAGGUCGAAAAUAUUUUGCGAAUGUUGUCACCGGUUGCCAAGGAUCCCGGCGUGAGAGGCGACUUUUAUUUUGAGCUGUUGUAACGAGAUUCAUUGUGGUAUUAAUGGUGCUUUUCCAUUCCAGUCAACGCAAUUUCUUCAUUUUUUGCUUCGCGGCACGCCGAACGACACAGUCAUGUGGAACGGUCCAGGAUACGAUCAUUGAGAAAACGGGAGGUGGAAAAAAAAAAAAAAAUCAGUGCUCUUUCGUCCCAUACUGCCACUGUGAGGGGCCGCAGCCCCCGCAACCCUCAUCCGUAUACACACACGUGUGCCGUCGAUAAUACGGGUUUCUGUGUUAAAGGUUAACAUGCUAACUAUACAAACACCUCAAGUUCUCGGUUUGCUUUGGCGUUAAGUUUUUGGACCUUGGCUCAUCUUUGACCUACGCAGAAGGACGUGCCGUGUUUUUGCGUCUUCAUUCUGGCCAGCCCGGCGUGUCUUGCAGCUGACCGCUGCUACCUGUACACGAUCUGGUGAUGACAAAAUGUAUGGGCCCAUUGUGUGAAUGCCGUUUCCUUCAAAAGACAGAGCUCUGACUGUUAUCCGAUGAACAGUACUGCCCAAAAUUCUUAGGCCUCCAUGACAUUACUUAAACUUGCUAGAAUUCAUACUAAAUAUAAUUCAAAGUAUUCUUAGGAAUACUCAAAACUCAUUUUAUUAAGAUAACAGUGUUAAUAAAAAUGAGUGUUAUUAACGCGAAUGAUCAAUUUUGUAGGCAAAACUUCCAUUUCUGGGUAAACACAACUUGAACUUCCGAUGUCUUCAAAAAGUGCGCUGGCGACGCAGCUCUUUUGCUCACUUGUCUACACGUAUGCGCUGUCAUCAAGGUUAACCGGGUUCAGGGUUAUCUUGUAAAAUACAUAUUUAACGCCAAAAACUGGAUUUCAGUUUAACUUGACUAAGUUUUCCUAAUGUUUAUUUUUUUCGCUGUUUUAUAACUACUACAAUGGAUACAUUUCGAUCAGUAAGUCCUUCUUAUUCAGAAUACAGUGAUCCCUCGCUACUUUGCACUUUUGACACUCUUCAAUUGAAAAGAUAUAUGCAUGUAUACAUGUACAAAUCAUUGUUUUCUUAUUAUAUAAUAUAUGGGGGCAACACCCCCAAAGGUGGUCGAGAACAACCGAGCCAAGAUCCUGUGGGACUUCCGGAUCCAGACAGACAAACUGGUGAUGGCCAACCAGCCUGACAUAAUGGCGGUGGAUAAACAUCAGAAGAUAGCAGUAGUGAUAGCUGUAGCAAUCCCCAUUGAUAGCAACAUCAGGAAAAAGAACACCAAAAGCUGGAGAAAUAUCACAGGUUGAAGGAAGAGUUGGAGAAAAUGUGGGGAGUGGAGGCAACAGUGGUGCUAGUAGUGAUCGGGACACUAGGGGCAGUAACCCCCAAGCUGGGUGCAUGGCUCCAACGGAUACCAGGAACAACGUCCGACGUCUCCGUUCAGAAGAGCGCGAUCCUAGGGACAGCUAAGAUCCUGCGCAGAACCCUCAAGCUCUCAGGCCUCUGGUAGAGGACCCGAGUUUGAAAGGAGCGAUCAUACCGCCCGGGUGGGCGAGACGACGAUUUUAUAUACAUAUACUAUAUGCAGUGCUGGCCAAAAAUAUUGGCACCCCUGCAAUUCUGUCAGAUAAUGCUCCAUUUCUCCCAAAAAAUGAUUGCAAUUACAAAUGCUUUGGUAGUAAUAUCUUCAUGUAUUUUGUUGCACUGACAAAACACAAAAGAGAAUUGGGGUGAAAAAAAUGAAAUCAUUAUCAUUUUACAAAAAACUCCCCUAAUGGGCCGGACAAAAGUAUUGGCACCCUUUGAAAAAUCAUGUGAUGCUUCUCUAAUUUAUGUCAUUAACAGCACCUGCUACUUACCUGUGGCACAUAGCAGGUGGUGGCAAUAACUAAAUCGCACUUGCAGGCAGUUAAACUGGAUUCAAGUUGACUCGACCUCUGUCCUGUGUGUACCACAUUGAUGGAGAAAAGAAGACCAAAGAACAGAGGACUUGAGUAGCAAAAUUGUGAGGAAGUAUGGGCAAUCUCAAGGUCCAUCAAGUCCAUCUCCAAAGACCUGAAUGUUCCCGUGUCUACCGUGCGCAGUUUCAUCAAUAAGUGUAAAGCCCACAGCACUGUGGCUAACCUGCCUAGAUGUGGACGGAAAAGAAAAAUUGAGAGAUUUUAAGAAAAGAUUGCGCAUAGUGGAUAAAGAACCUUGACUAACAUCCAAACAAGUUCAAGCUGUCCCGCGGUCCGAGGGUACAACAGUCUCACCCCAUCCGUCGGCGUCUGAAUUAAAAGGGACUCUACCCAGGAAAACCCCAUUUCUGACUCAGAGACUUAAAAAAGCCAGGCUGGAGUUGACCAAAACUUACCUGAGAAAGCCUAAAAAACGUUUUGGACAGUGUUGUUAAUAACGGGGUUACAAUAUAACGGCGUUACUAACGGCGUUAUUUUUUUCAGUAGUGGGUAAUCUAAUUAAUUACUUUUCUCAUCUUGGCAACGCCGUUACCGUUACUGAGGACGGAAAGGCAUGCGUUACUAUGCGUUACUAUAUUGGUCGAAAAGUCUGAGGGAGACGGACUCACCGAGACGACAGAGCAGAGCAGGAGUGUGGAGGAGGCAAGAAAGUUGUGACGCCGAGCAAACGCGAUGCUAGGUAGCUCCAAUAAUACAUGUUGUAGCCGAUAGCCUGCAAACUACGCCCGCAUGUUAUGGUAGAUAUGGUAGACAUGGUAGAUAUCACAUGUACUGUAUAUAGAUAUAACUAGAUGCAAAAUGACAGACAUGGCACUAAAUGCGUUAGUAGACAGCCGCCAUCUUGAAGCAGUAGACUUUUUAGGACGGCUCUGUUGUAGAGAACCUUCCUAGCGAACCUAAGUAACUUUUUAUAUAAAAUACUUCUAAAUCGGCAAAAUCUUGACUUGAAUCUAUCUUUAAAUGAUGAAACAGUUUUAAAACUUUCAUAUGUCGAAAGUAGAGAGAAGGGAACUAAUGCAAUAAUGGGAGCAAUUCUAACAACUUUUAACAGUUGAUUCAGGUUAAAGAGUAAAUUAGGGUAAAGAAUUGGGCUCGGGCCAAUUGUACCCAAAAACCUUCACAAAAAACUUCACAUAGUGUAGUCAAUGUUUUUUUUUUUUUUUUUUUUUUUAAAUUGAGGGGGGGAAAAAAGUAAUUAUCACCAAUUACUUUGCCAAGUAACUAAUUACUCUUACAUUCAGGUAAUUGAGUUACUAAUGCAAUUACUUUUUGGGAGAAGUAAUUUGUAACUAUAAUUAAUUACUUUUUUUCAGUAAGAUUAACAACACUGUUUGGAAGAAUGUUUUCUGGUCAGAUGAGACAAAAGUAGAGCUUUUUGGGAAAAGGAGUUUACAGGGGAAAAAAACAAGGCCUUCAAAGAAAAGAACACGGUCCCCACAGACGCAUGGCGGAGGUUCCCUGAUGUUCUGGGGUUGCUUUGCUUCCUCUGGCACUGAACUGCUUGACAGUGUGCAUGGCAUUAUGAAGACUACCAACAAAUUUUGCAGCAUAAUUUAGGGCCCAAUGUGAGAAAGCUGGGUCUCCCUCAGAGGUGAUGGGUCUUCCAGCAGGACAAUGACCCAAAAGCACUAGAAAAUGGUUUGAAAGAAAGCACUGGAGACUUCUAAAGUGGCCAGCAAUGAGUCUACACCUGUGGAGAGAUCUGAAAAUGGCCCCCUUCAAAUCUCAGAGACCUGGAGCAGUUGGCCAAAGAAGAAUGGUCUAAAAUUCCAGCAGAGCAUUGUAAGAAACUCACUGAUGGAUACCGGAAGCGGUUGUUCGCAGUAAAUUGGUCUAAAGGUUGUGCCACCAAGUAUUAGGCUGAGGGUGCCAAUACUUUUGUCCGGCCCAUUUUUGGAGUUUUGUGUAAAAUGAUAAUGAUUUUUUUUUUUUUUUUUCUUCUUCCCCAUUUUGUGUUUAUUCAUUGCGGACAAAAUAAAUGAAGAUAUUACUACCAAAGCAUUUGUAAUUGCAAUCAUUUUCAUCAAAUUCAGCAUUAUCUGUCAGAAUUGCAGGGGUGCCAAUACUUUUGGCCAGCAGUGUAAAUAUGCUCCGCUCCUACUUCGCGCAAUUUUGGGUUGGGCGGUCCCCAUUAACCGAGAAAAACGGGGGAUCACUGUAUUACAAGGAGCCCUGUUGCACACAGUCCCCGGUUAGGUGAGGUUUAUAAAAAGCGUAAUAUCACAAAUCGGUAUAAACUGUUAAAAGAGGCUUCAGUCAAGCUAAAACUUUCCGCAAUGGUCCACAAAAAUAACAGCCAUUGGAUGCUGCUUUAUGAUUCCAUCAAUGCGUGUAUCGGAAUUUUGUCCUACGUGACCGAUAACCUGAAGCGGAAUUUAAGGGGGGGCCAGGCUCACCUUGGUGGCCAAAAAGUGUCAUUGCAUGAAAUUGACUUUCCUAUAUACAUUAUAUAAAAGUUGUAAAGCAAUAGAGCAAACAUCAAAAAUUAAUUAAAUGAACACAUUUUUUUUUUAAUUAUGUAUAUAUACUAUAUAUAUAUAAUAUAUACAAAUUAUUUAAAAAAAAUAUAUAUAUAUAUAUAAUAAAAAUAUGGCCGGAACUCAAAACUUUUUUUUAAUUAAAAAUUAAGUGUAAAUGCAAAUAUUUCAGUCUCAAAUAUUUUUUCGCAUUCAAAACCUUUUUUUUUCUAUGAUUGAAAUUUUUCUUUUUUUGAUUGAAGUGAUUUUUCGUUUGAAAAUAUAUAUUUUUUGUGUAAAGCCACUUAUUUUUUGAUUGAAUAAUAAAGACACAAAUUUCCUCGACAAAAUGUGGCCCAAACACAAAACAUUACUCCAAUCAAAAAAAAAAAAAAAAAGUAUUUUUUUGAGUUUUCAAAUUUAUUUUUGCACUCACAUUUUGUGAUCGAAUAAGGAAAACACAAAUUUACUGCCGUAUGGCUCCGCCCAGGGGAAACAAUUUUUGACUGGGGUAACUACAUUGGCACGACACCGGUGAGCGUACCAUACUCAAUGGAUGACGAUUUUGGCGAAAAGUAUAGCCUAGGUAGCCUGAUUUAGAAUUCCCCUCAAGAAUGAUGGGAAACAAAAAACGCUCGUUUUCGUAAGUUAAUUUUAUUGCUGACACUGCGUUUUGGGGUCAUCAACAUGUUGUGCCCCCCCCCGGCCCAAAAGUCAAAUUCCGCCUAUGCCAGAAACAGUGGUUUUGUGGAAAUUGGGUCGUUGUUUUUGUUGCAAAACAAAACUAUAUUUGUGUGUGGAGUUGAGACUUUUGUGCAGUACUGUCAUACAGGUUAAUUUUCCACAAAUAAGCUUGCAUUUGGGCAGACAGUAGCAUUAAAUCGUUCUACAGUAUUAAGCCCCGAGUGGCUAAACCGAGUCGUUUGAGGUGUCUUCUGUCCGAUGAAUUGGACCUGCAGUUUGUGUGGCUCUUCAUUAUGAACUCUUCAUCCAUUUGCAAUAUGGCUCUUGGUCUUGUCUGAUGCCUUUUGAAACAUUCUUUCUGUGUGUGUGUGCGUGCGUGCGUGUUCUCUGCACUUUAGCGCUGCGUGCGAGACGCAGGGAAGUGACGAUUGUAUUGUGGAGCAGGAUGCUCGGCGAUGAGUGUUUUGUUUUGUUUUUUCAAUGCAAGGAAAGGAGGAGAAUGUGGACGAGACACAAAACAAAGCGUCGCCCUGCUUUGCCGACAUGACAUUGGUUUUUGCUAAAAUAGCCCAAUAAUGCUGAUGAUACUCCUCCUUUCUUUGCUGCAUAGAAUGCACUUUCUACUACUAAAACUCUUGGCUAGAUGCGAAAAAUAACUGUAUAUUCUAAGAUGUUUUAAAAAGAAAAAUCAUUAUACUUUUUUUUUUUUGUUUCCCUCUCCAUCACCAUUCUUUGUAUUUCUAACCACUUAAUGUAGCAUUAUCGUGUAUUUUAUUAUUAUUGUAUCUGGUACAAAUUUUGCAGCUUUAUAAUGUUCUGGUUUGUCUUUAUUUUUCUAUGUUCUCUGGAGAUUUGAGGAGAUGGGAAAGAAAAGUUGGGCCUUUUUUCUUUUUUGAUAAUGUACAUUUAACUGACUGCUAACUUUAAAUAAAAACAAGUAGCCACAAGUGUCAAGCCCGCUCUGUCUGCUAGCAACCGAGCACGAGAGCGUGCGGAACUAGGCCAAAUGCCGAUCUUAUCGCAAACUCUGUCACAGUCUGAGGGUCAAUAGGUCCACUCCAAGCCCCAAUUUUUUAUCGGCUUUUGUUUGCCACGGUUUUCCUUUUUGCGACUAACCCAUACGAUGGUGGUUAAAGAGCGUUGAGCAACUGUGCAAAUAUUGUGUUUGUUAGAAAUUGGCUUGUUAUGAAAAAAUCAGACUUCACUGCCAGGGGUGAAAGUGGCUAGAAUUUCUUGCUGGAACUCCCUGAAAUAAGGUCAUGUUGAAAUUUGAUAUUUUAGCCAGAUUGCCAGAAUCACGCCAGCCAAGUCGCCGAAACCACGCUAGCGCAAUUCCAACAAAGCGGGCCGGAGCGACCCGACAACUUGGCCAAAAGGCCAAACUCCGCGCGUUCACCUUAGUUUUAACCCCUUGUACCGACUCCAUAUUGAAAGCUUGAAAAAGGCUUAAAACACAAUUUGACAAUUUAUUCCAGUCAACAGCAAUUGGACAGGAAGGCAAAAACGGCAAACAGACCCAGACGAAGAGGAAGGCUGGAUCCAGGAUCAACAAUAAACAGGUAAACAAAAGAUUCAUGAGAAAAGCCAGCGGCUAGCCAAAGAAUUCAGUCUUUUCAAAGAGUUUGCGAGGUAGGCCGGAUGUGUUUGGGCGUUGCCUGUUGCAGAUUGGGCAGGACAGUUUGUGUGUUACUGUUGUCCGGGCAACGAGAGUUGAUGUUUUUUUCCAGCCUCGGCGCCACGAGAGUGCUGAGUGUCCGACGGGUUCCUCGGUUAUCAGAUGUUCCUCAUAGGGAGGAGAGGAUGUCCUUCCAUUGUUCUGGACCGUACAUUGUUGGUUACCAGAAGAGCUGAUGGUGGAAUUUUGUGGUCCAGACGUGGGCUUGUAGGUCUCGGCCAUCCCCUGCUUGUGUCGCUCAGUCAGCUGCAUGAAGCGCACGUUGGGUCUCCCAGUCAGCACGAUUCCAAGGUCGGCUUCCGCAGUCAGCAGGUAUCCCCCUGUAGUUAUUUCCCUUAUCGAGCUGUUGCCUUGGCGCUGCAAAUUCCAAUCACUCCAACUCCAACCACUUCAAAUGUAU